AUUUUUUGAUCUUAUUUUAUAACUUAAUUUUGUCUUAAUGAUUUGUAGAACCACUCCAGAUCAAGAGCAAGAAUCAAACAUCUCAGUAUGAGGGAAGAAAUGCAAAUGUAAGACAAAUAUGGAUGAGUGCAAGCCAAAGCAGCAUACAGCAGUUCCCACUACUUCAUUACACAGUCAUGUCUCCUCGCAGUUACUUACAUCUUUUAUUACAUCAGAUCAACAAACUGUUGCCCAUAACAGUACAGCAAUUCCUGUACAAUUAACACCAAAUAUUGAUACUCUAGCUGUUGCAUCACAAAUUACAUGUAUUAAGAAUUCAGAGAUUGUUAUCCAUUCAUCAAAUAUGUGGCCAUCCAGAUAA